AUGGCGUGUGCGGUGCACGACCAGCGCAUACCGCCCAGCGGGUUUGCGCAUGGUGCAGUGCUCCACUUAACCCACGCCGAUGCACGCGGCUCGCCACAGUCCGAGUUUAGCUGGCCGGUGCAUCGCGGCCGUCUAGUAUGCCACGCUGUAUUGGCACGCGACGAUCUUCUCCGCAUCUUUGAAGUGCGUGUGCAGGACGAUGGCACGCCGCAUUUCGUGCAGGUGCGCAUGCAUAAACUAUUUGGCGAAGUAACAGGAGUGUGUGCGGUGCAUACCAUAGCGACGCAGUACGACGGCCGGGACCGUGUCCUACUUUCGUUCCGCGACGCAAAAAUCUCGCUGCUCGAGUGGAACGAUGCGUACGGCGACCUACAAACCGUUUCCAUCCACACCUUUGAGCGCGCACAGCAGCUUGCACAAGGGCUGCCGCAUACAUUUGUGCCCGCGCUGCGUGCUGACCCAGCGAGCCAGUGUGCGGCGCUGCUGCUCCCUGAGGACGCCAUUGCGAUCCUCCCUCUCUACCAGGACAUGGGCGAGGUAGGGGACGAUGUGCGCGAUUCUGCGCAGGUGCUAGCAGAGCUUCCAUAUGCACCUUCUUUUGUGCUUGCGCUGUGUGACAUCGACGCCGGCAUCAAGAAUGUGCGCGACAUGUGCUUCUUGCCUCGCUUCCAAAAGCCCACGCUGGCCCUCUUGUACGAGCCGGUGCUGACGUGGACAGGAAGCCUGUCCCGCGCACGUCAGACCAUGCGCGUGUGCCUGGUCACGCUAGACCUCACGAUAUCCUACUACCCUGUCACCGUCACCAGCGAAGCGCUCCCCUACGAUUGUUUAUACCUCGCAGCAUGCCCCGAGUCGUUGGGCGGCGUGAUGAUCGUAACGCCAUCGGCAAUCAUGCACAUGGACCAAACGGGCCGCAUUGUCGGCACCGCGGUGAGUGGAUGGUACGAGAAAACCGCGCCGGAAAUCUCACUCGCAUACGCCGAGGCGAGUCCCCUCGAUUUGCAAAGCUCGCAGCUCGUGUUUUGCGGCGCGAGCGAUGGGCUGCUCUUCUUGGCACAUGGAGAGGUGUUUGCCUUUUGGUGCUUGAUCGAAGGGCGCUCUGUGACGAGCGUGUCGCUCGCAAAAGUCGAUACCCACGGCGGCGCUCCGCGCUGUGCUUUUGCGGCGCGCCUCCCCGAGGGCCAUUUGUUCUGUGCCUCUCUCCAAAGCGAUUCCGUGCUGUAUGAGAUGCAGAGCGGGGCCGGGUCUUUGGCGCAGACGCGCGACGCCGCGCCGCACGCGCCAAUCUCGCUCAUGUCUGUGGAUGAUGAGGACGCAGACGCUGUGAUGCUCUACGGCGAAUCGAGCCGCGCGGCGCCGAGCACAGUCAAUGCCGUCACCGACGACGAGAUUGACUUGUACGGCGACUCGAUCGCGGCGACCGUGCCGAGCGCCGAGCUCGUCCACUCUCUCCGCGCCAUCGACCGCAUCCCCGCACUCUGUGGCCUCACCGACAUUGCGAUGGGCGACGUGCGCGAUCACCGAAAUGCAACCACGCACCGCACCGUCGUCGCACUGCACAAGCACCUCGGCACGCUGGAAAUGCAGCUGCGAAGCAGGGUCAGAAAGACCAUUGCGCCAGCCCAGCGCGUGUGGGCCACCGCGCACCUCUACUUUUGUGCAUGGGACGAAGAGUGCAUCGUGUACACACGCAGCGACGCGCCGGAAUUCGUCGCACAGCUUGGCGAACACACCGUUGCGUGCGGCACAAGCCCCGACGGGAGCGCGCUGCGUGUCUCGCGCCGACAAGUGUCCAGGGUAGCCAACGACGGCCACGUCACACAAUUCGGCGCGCGCCAAUCCGACGCCGAGAUUGUGUGUGCGCGCAUGUCGGGUGCUGUUCUUGCGCUUUGCUGGAGCGACGGGCGUGUGAGCGUAUUUGUAUACCGCAACGCUUGGGGCGAGAUGGCACUCGAGGCGCAAGAUACGUACGCUUUGGUCGACGUGUACGUCGACCCAAGCGAGGCUCUGGGCGCAUCGACGCUGCUUGUGCUCGCAACCGUGCGCGGACACAUUGAGCUCUAUACGCUCGCGGACGGCGCACUCCAGUGGCGGAGCAAGACAUUGUGUGUGCUUCCAUCGCGCCUCAAUGCGGCGCGCGACGAGGAAAAGGAUGAGGCGGGAAUGCCCCUCCAUGCGCUGCGUUUGUGCACCCUCGGCGAUACGCCUACACUCUGUGUCCAGUACGAGAAUGGGCAAGUGGCCGUGUACGAAGCGCGGCCCACCAUGGACGACGAGGAGAGUGUGUCGCCGUUUGCGUGGACACUUGGCUUUGUGCGUUUAGAUGUGCGAAUGCUCGGUGCCCUUGUGCAAGACAUGGUGCCGUUUGUGGGAUUCGGUGGGCAUGCAUGCAUUGCGUUGCCGGGCGAGCACGCCAUGUUUUUGGUGCGCGAUCCCAAAGGGCCUGUGCAGUGGCUCGAGCCCCAAGAGCCACUCUUUGCUUUCUCGCCCCUUGAGGACGAUUGGCGCGCAUUGUGCGUGCAGAAUGCGCAGGGCGUGCUCGUGGAAUGGGAGGCAUGUGCCCUCGACGCGCUGUGUCCCUACACGCGCUGGUCCACAGGGCGCAGCUACACACGCGUUGCAUGCCACGACGAGACAGGCGCACUUGCCGCUGCCUCUGUCCAGCAAACUGAUUUUGUGCUGUAUAACGAGGAGGACGAGCCGGUGCAGGACCCACGCUUGGAUCCUACGCCCACGCAAACCGCGCGCGGCGCCGUAGAGCUCUUUGCGCGCCUCGGCGAUGCACCCGUGCAUGGCUACGAGUUUGGCGUCAGCGAGACGGUCACGGCGCUGCAUAUGGCGCCGCUCGACGCGAUCGAUCGCAUGGCUGGGCGCCGGACCUUUUUGGUGGUCGGUACCUCGACCAACCUCGGCGAGGACCGCCCGGCCAAAGGGCACUUGUACGUAUUCGACAUCAUUGCCACUGUUCCCUACGGCAAUGAGAGCGAUGAUGCCCUCCAGCUGAAAUGCUUGUGUCGCGAGGAGCUGCGGGCUCCGGUGACCGCGUUGAACGAUCUCAACGGGUACCUCGUUGUGGCGACGGGGCAAAAGCUGCUCAUCCGCUCGUUUGAGUACAUGCUCUGGCUCGUUACUAUUGCUUUUCUCGACACCGCGUUCUACACCACCGAUAUCCAGCGUGUGAAGAACUAUUUGCUAUUGACAGACUACCACCGCGGCGCGUACUUUGUUGCGUAUCAGGAAGACCCGUCGCAGCUGCACCUCCUGGGACGCGACUAUGGCACCGCGUGCCUUACCCACGGCGCGUUCUUGGUCCACCGCGAGAAGCUGACGCUGGCUACACAGGAUAUGUAUGGAUGCUUGCGCCUCGUCGACUACAAUCCUUCCAACCCCACGAGUUUCGGCGGGCAGCGCCUGCUCACACGCACGGAAUACCACACUGCAGGCCACGUUGCGCGCACGCUUCUCCUGCGUGGGCCGCGCAAUGCAGCGACGGGUGAGAUCUUCAGCUCCGAGGUGCUUUUGGCCAAGCACAGCGGCGCGGUGGAGCUGCUCGUGCCUGUCGAGCCCAACGUCUUUCAAAUUUUACAGCUCUUCCAGAGCCAGCUCGUGCGCAGUGUGCGGCACGCCGCGGGGCUCAAUCCACGCGCGCAUCGUGCCGUGCAGAAUACGCGUGCGCCGCGCCCGCUCACCAAAGGCAUUUUGGACCGGACCCUGCUGCACGCGGCAGAGGAAAUGUCGCGCCCAAAGCUCGUGCGUUUGGUGGAGGAUUUGCAGGUGCGCACGGGAAUUGUGGCGCCCGACGACUUGCUCGAGUGUCUCGUGCACCUCGAGCCGCAAUGGUAG